AUGCAGGAGCUGCUGCGCUGGGAGGAGGCGCCCCCGGAGCUGCACCUGCGGGAGCUGCAGCAGUUCGACGAGUUCAACUACUAUCCGCCCGCUUCCGGCGUGUGGCUUUCUUCUGCUUCCGGCGCCUGCCGUCGGCGUGCUGGGAGCCCUCGCGGUGCUGAUGGGCUGGUCUGGGGACGCGAAGCAGAUCGUGACGGAGAUGACGGGGCAGAAGCACACGGAGGAGGAGCGGCUCCCCGACCACUUCCGCGGCUUCCUGGCGCGCCUCGCGUCGCGGGACCCCGCGCAGCUGCCGGAGCGCGACCGGGACCGCUUCCGCGAGCUGCUCACGUCGCCCGUGGAGUGGGAGAAGUUCGACCCAGAGGCCGGCGUCUACCGAGAUCGCGGACGCCCAUGAACGCGUACGACGUGCUGAAGUGCAGCCAGGCGUGCUUCCACCUCUUCGAGUGGCUCUGCAGCCGCCUGCCACUGUUCGCCCCGAUCGCCGCCGCCGAGCGAGAGGCGCAGAGGCCGCCCAGGCAGGUGGGCACCGACAUGCGGGCCUUCCUGGCGCAGCAGGAGGCCGCGCGCCCUGGCGGCGCCGCGCCGGGGCCAGCGAGGCCGCCCUGGCCAGCUGCGACGCCGCCCGCGGACGCCGCCGCCGAGGUCGCGUAG